AUGACCGAUACCCUCCCGAUCCGUUCAAAUAGUUCCGAUCAGUUCACGAUGUUGUCGGUGUACAAACGCGCUCCGUAUCGUUCGUUCAACUCCUUGUGCGUUCAGGUCGUCUCGCCCUUAUCGGAUGGCGCUUCCGCUGGGAGUUCCGAUUCAAAGCCUCAUCCGUCACCAGGCCUAUACAAUGGUCUAACGUUACGCGGGAAAGAAGAAAAGCCGACG